UGGUGGAGGAGCGAGAACAUGGGGGACGUGCAUAGCAGGAGGAGCCCUCCAUUUCCUUCGCCGACCGAAUCUGUAUCACAGCCUUACAAUAUUCAUCCCCGAUCGCCGCAAUUUGUCGAAAAUGCUCGCCGGUCUUCCUUGGAUGCUUUCAUGGGAGUAGAGGCUUCGGCAAAAUUUGGAGUUCGGAUGCCUCAUUUUUCACGUGGAGACUCUGUCGAGCAUAUUAUGGGACUGGCAUCGGCUGCAGAAGAUUCGCGAUCGGGGAGCGAACGGCAAGAAGAGCAGGGAAAAACUUCGCAAACCUUACAGGAACUUCGUAGGCAGAUGGAGGAACUGUUAGUUUAUCAGCAAAUGCAACAAAACCAGCACCAUACGUCACUACCUCAAUCGGCCAGCAACGUCAACGAUCCCCCCAGAAAAAGACGCUUAUCCUCUGCAUCCACUGCAGAUUCUGCGAAAUCUGCAUCUUCGAUUGAGCCAACCCCAAAGGCCGACCCCAUAACUUCUACGGGAACGAUCAAGGCCGACGAGACCAACGAUCAAAUGAACCCCGUCCAGCCAACACCUUCUUAUCCAUUUCCAAGAGUGACGCAUCAUCCGAAUCCCAGUCCUGAGCAAACAGCACGCCAGGCUCAGUUCCGGUUAAAACUUCCUUCGGAUAAAGACAAAUCGCCAGAAUUCCAUUCAGCCAAGGACCCGAGUAUUUCUGCGACGGAGCCUUUGGGUUUAAAAGCUGCAUUUUCGCCACCGACAAAGGAUAUUUUUGAAGAAUUCCCGAGCCCUGACAUCUACAAUUUAGUACUGAAAUUAAAUGCGGAUGCGGGACUGGAUAGAUGGUGGUCUAAUCUCGUGGAUAUCUUGCGUACUGACUACGGCACAGAGCGCGCAUCACUUGCUGUUCCAGGUGAUGCGACAGACCUAGAGAACGUGCCAUGGGGACAGAAAGCGACUUUUAAUCCACGCGCCAGCUGUUCCACAGAGAGCGAUCAUCUAUACACCAUGGACAACGGAACUGCACCAGAAACCCCGAGCGGGCCCAGCGGGCGCAAAUUGAGCGACGAAUGGAACCAGAAGCAGAACGGAGCACCGGCCGCGCAAUCUAGACCUCAGGGUGCCACUCCAGUCCGACCGUCUUUCUCAUCACGCCACUCCUUUGCAGGCUUCGGCCAUGUCAGAGGUCAGGUAGAUCAAGAUCGCCAUAGCCUUCUUAAGUCGGCCACAGGAAGGCUCGAAAAGAAACAUGCUCGUAUCGUCGAAACACCAAGUGCGGAGGCACCUUUGUCAAGCACCGAAAAAACCCCGAAGGCUCAUGCCCAAGCGAAAGAACACCAACACAAGUACAUGGGCAUGAUGCAACUGACAGUCUUUCCAACAUUGAGGCAGCUAGAAGUAGAACCAGACCCCCUUAUCAAACGAACCGGCGUCGUUAGUUUGUUCGGACGGAGCGGUCCAGUGGUACUUACUCGUGACUACGAAGAGUCAAUGCAAAACCCGCAACAUUCGGUUAUGAGCCCAUUAGACACGGUCCAAGUUACUCCGACUGCCGAAGAGAUUGAGUCUGGCUUCAAGGGAACUGGGGACAUGAAUAUGUUUUGCGUGCCUUCAAUACGGCGGUAUGAUGAAUACGAGCAGAUUCCUCAAUCACCUUGGUCUCAGUCUCCUGCGCCUUCACCAGCUCCACGGUCAUAUGCAGAUCAAAAUCCCUUUUUCCUGAGCCAUGCUGUGGAUGAGGGUGCCUUCGAACAGAAUCCGCCUGAACAUGACUACGCAAAUACACUUCCGUUGGAGGCAAUUGGAAUUGAUCAUUCAAAGACAAUUAUUCACAUCCCGCUCUUGUACAGCGAUCACUCUGGUGAAAGCGCUUCUCCAACCCUGAGGUUCCCGGUCGCUGUAAUAUCUCUACUCUCAUCCAUUGUACCUUAUCCACCCAACCUUCGACAGUCCCUUGCCCAACUCAUGCCACAUCUCACGACUUCAUUCCGCCUAGCCCAGCAAUACAGCCAACUCGAACGACAAUUAAAUUGUAAGGUCGAGCUACCCCGAUAUGGCAAUCUCCUAGGUUUGGGUGGCACCUUUUCAGAUGCGAGCAGCGAAAUGGAGCUUGUUGCAGGGCUGAGUGGGCAUAUGAACUACUCUGUCGGUGAUGAUAACUCUAUGUCAGCGCGAGCCAGUCUUGCUAGCCCUAGUGAUAACUCAUCCAUGAAAUUCAGCCCUGCUUUGUCAAGCUAUGCAACGCCGUAUGAACAUGGCCACUUUGGAUUUGGCUCGGCGACCCAAUCUCCGGGCCUUAACCCCCGCUCUGGGGAUGGGACAGACGGUUAUUUCAAUGUUCAACAUCCUAAGCCUCCCACACAGCAUCGUCAUCGCCUUUCUAAAUCUCGAGUGAACCUUGCGUCAUCCACGCCCACGUCUCCUGGACCCCGGAUGACUGCCGAAGACAGUGCAAAUGACCCUAGUUUGACUGCUGCAUCCCCAUUACAUGAAAUGCGGUCAUCUACUGUUCUAUCGUCGGCCCCGCAGCCGUCGCGUCAGGCCUCGACAGGAUCUUAUUAUUCCCAGCUACAACGGGAGCUCCCUCGGCCAUUCUCCGACACUAUAGCGCAACUGAUGUUGAAUUCUAUUCCUCUACACCUCUGUCUGGCCAAACCACAGGGCGGCGAAGUGAUAUGGACCAAUGCCAAAUUUGAUGCUUACAGAAGGAGCAAACCGCAGGAGCAAAAGUCGCGAGACAUUUGGCAGAACAUCCACAGCAACGAGCGCGAAAUCAUGUCCAACAAGUGGGCUAUCGCGCUACGCACUGGCUCGCAGUUCACGGAAAGAGUGCGUGUGAGACGUUACAACGAUGAAAAUGCGUACCGCUGGUUUAUCUUUCGAGCGAAUCCUCUACUAUCCGCAGCCGGAGAGGUCCUUUACUGGAUUGGUUCCUUCCUUGACAUUCACGAACAGCAUAUUGCGGAACUGAAAGCAACCCAAGAGAGGGAGAAGUUUGCCACAGAUGCAAAAUACAGGGCAUUCUCAAACUCAAUCCCUCAAAUAGUCUUUGAAGCUACAGAGCAACGCGGCUUGAUAUUUGUCAACGAGCAAUGGAACUUGUAUACAGGACAGAGGCUUGAGGAUGCCGCAGAUCUCGGAUUUACCAAACACGUUCAUCCGGAUGACUUGGAGAAAUGCGGUGGUCUAUGUCUCAAAAAGCAGCGUCAAACAAGUCCCAGCAAUAGCCAAUCAGCCCAAAGAGAUAAUGCACAACCCCAAUCUUUCGCUGAAAUAUAUGCCGUCUCAGAUGCAUUGAACGACCUUGUGAAGCGUGGGGUGGCCUCUUUACAAAAGGAUGAGAAUGGCCGCGUCUUCUACUCCACAGAAAUUCGCCUUCGUUCAAGAGGGGGUGACUUCAGAUGGCACUUGGUCCGCUUAGUCUGCGUUGAGAUAGGUAGCUUUGGUAGCGAAGAAGCCUCUUGGUACGGCACCUGCACUGACAUCAACGACCGCAAGAACCUCGAGCGAGAUCUCAAUAAAGCAAUGCGCCAGCUCAACAACCAAAUGGAAUCCAAGACAAAGUUCUUUAGCAACAUGUCGCAUGAGAUCAGAACUCCCCUCAACGGAAUUCUUGGUACAAUUCCAUUUAUUCUUGACACACAAGUUGACAGUGACCAGCGACGAAUGCUUGACACCAUCCAGAACAGUUCUACUAAUCUCCGUGAACUGGUGGAUAACAUUCUGGACGUCUCUCGAGUCGAAGCAGGCAAGAUGUCCCUGGUAAUCUCCUGGUUCCAUGUUCGGUCCAUGAUCGAAGAUGUCAUUGACACCGUUGCAUCCCGAGCGAUUGACAAGGGUCUCGAGAUCAAUUACUUAAUGGAUGCAGAUGUACCAUCAAUGGUCAUUGGAGAUAGAUUCCGGAUUCGCCAAAUAUUGAUCAAUCUUGUUGGAAAUGCCGUGAAAUUCACUGCACGAGGUGAAAUCUACAUCCGCUGCAGUCUCUAUCACGGCGAAACUGCGUCCGCAAAGACUAAAGAGACCGAAAUUUUCCUCAACUUCCAAGUGGUGGAUACUGGCAAGGGCUUCAACUCACAGGAUGCAGAACUUCUUAUGCAAAGGUUUAGUCAAGUGGGAGAAACUGUCUCGCAACAACAUGCAGGCAGUGGUUUGGGCCUAUUUUUAUCCAAACAGCUAGUGGAGAUGCAUGGAGGUAUGCUCAAAGCUAGCGCCCAAGAGGGCCAAGGUGCCAAGUUCUCUUUCAACGUUAAGCUUGAUGCUCCUCAGCCUCCGUCUCCUUCAGAAUCACCUCAAGUUUUUCGUCAAUCUUCAACUUCUUCCAGGAGACCAGGACUCUCCAGACUGGCGUCUUACGAACAGCAAACUUUGGGGCCAUUACGACCCUUUGACGGAAGGUUCUCAGACCCAUCAACUAUCUCUCCUGGACUUGAUUCCAUCGCAUCCCAGUCCCCAAUGCUUAGUGAAGCAUCAGCUGUCUCCAUACCGAAGAGUUCGCUUCCAUUAUCUAUGGCGUCAGCUGCUCUACCGACUCCAGAUAUCGUACCUGCGCCUUUGCCACCAGCACUAGACCAGAGCAACUUUCAUACAGUAUCUCAGAAAACUGCAAACGUAGUUCCUGAUGUCAAUUCCGUCGUUGAUGCGCCGAUUCGCCCUGCGCCAAUUCAGGCCGCAGCAUCUCCCAGCAAAUUUUUGGGUCCGGCCAUCAUUCCCCCUUCUCAAGGACCUUUCUCCAUUUACAUUUUGUGUACACUCAAGAACACACGCACAGCCACAAAGCAGCAUAUUGAACAAGUCGUGCCGCAUGAGAUCCCAUUCAAGAUCACAACUUUGCCGGAUGUCGAUGAGUGGAAGGACAUGAUGCAAAGUGGUACUAACGCAGAUUGCACUCACCUGGUUCUCAACUUACCUGCAACGGAUGAUAUACUCGAUGUCAUCCAAAACAUGUCGGCAUCCGAUCCCAGAACUGCUCCUGUCGUUGUCAUAAUCUCAGACUUGUACCAGAAACGCCAAAUCAGCCCUCAAGUCAAGGCAUUGGCGGCUACUGGCAAACAAGUUUUUAUUGUACCAAAGCCUGUUAAGCCCUCGGCUUUCUCUACAAUUUUCGACCCCGAAAGCAAGCGAGAACUGAGCAAGGAUCGCAAUCAAGACAUGGCACGAGAAAUCAACAACAAUUUCAAGACUAUGUCCAAAAUGGUCAAAGAACAACUUGGGAAUAAAGGAUACCGAAUCUUGCUUGUGGAAGAUGACGAGACUAAUCGCGGUGUCAUGUUGAAAUAUCUGGACAAGAUCAAAUUGAUGUCCGAGACAGCAUCCAAUGGAAAAGAGUGUACCGACAUGGUCUUCUCCAAAGAGCCGGGCUACUACUCUCUCAUUAUUUGCGAUAUUCAAAUGCCCAUCAAGAACGGUUAUGAUACAUGUCGGGAUAUCCGUGCCUGGGAAUUGAAAAACCAUUACCCGCAGAUUCCUAUCAUGGCUCUAUCCGCAAAUGCAAUGACCGAUCAGAUUGAGCACGCUGCCCGAGCAGGCUUUAAUGACUACGUCACCAAGCCCAUCAAGCAUAAUGAAUUGGGUCAAAUGAUGAUGGGACUACUUGACACCAACCGACCUCUCUUACUUCUUCGAGAUCGUCUCAACUCAGGUAGUGAGAAUCCCCUUUCUACCCGGCGUUAA